CUGACUUUAUGACAAAGCCCCCCCCUCGUUUUUGUGAGGCCUUUAUUUUGAUGUGAACUUUAUAAAGGAUGUAUUUUUACUAAAAGCCCAACUUGAAACGCUGGAAACCUUUCCACCGAAAUGGAAGGGAAUAUUCCAUGGAUUAUUUUGUCAUUUUAUUGUUUAUGCAAAUUUGCUACGGGUUCCGAUGCCUGGAUAAAUUCAAACCUUGUGAUAAUGGAGGGACAUGCUUAGAUUCACCCUCUCGAUGCAUAUGUCGUCCAGGAUUCAUUGGUCCUCUGUGUAAGCAACUGGAUCCCUGUUAUCAAUCGCCAUGUCUGAACGGAGCAGCUUGCAAGAGCCAGGUGGUCAAUGGUAUCCCACAAUUCACCUGUGUGUGCCAAAGAGGGUUCAGAGGCAAAGACUGCUCCCUCAUUGACGCAUGUGCCACAAGUCCCUGUGCCAAUGGAGCCCGUUGUGCCCAUUGGAAUAACCACUACAACUGUUCCUGCCCACCUGGCUUCCAGGGAAAGAACUGCCGCAGUGACAUUGACGAGUGCCGCAAGCCUGGCAUGUGCCUCAAUGGUGGCCUCUGCAUGAACACCCAUGGGUCCUUCCGAUGCCAGUGCCAACCUGGAUACAGUGGGCGCACAUGUGAAGUGUCCGUCCUUCCCUGUGCCCCAUCUCAGUGCAUGAACGGGGGCACCUGUCGACAGACCAGCGACCAUUCCUACGAGUGUGCUUGCCUACCAGGGUUCCAGGGACACAACUGUGAGAAUAAUGUGGAUGACUGUCCAGGACACAAGUGUAUGAAUGGAGGAAUAUGUGUAGAUGGAGUCAACACGUACAAUUGUCAGUGCGCACCAGAAUGGACAGGGCAAUACUGUGCUGAGGAUGUCAACGAGUGUCUCAUGCAACCAAACGCCUGCCAUAAUGGGGGUACUUGCUUCAACACCAUUGGUAGUCAUACAUGUGUCUGCGUGAAUGGUUGGACUGGAGAUGACUGCAGUGAGAACAUUGAUGACUGCGCCAUAGCUGUUUGUUUCUUUGGGGCCACCUGCCAUGACCGUGUGGCAUCCUUCUUCUGCGAGUGUCCAGUUGGAAAGACAGGUUUGCUGUGCCACCUUGACGAUGCAUGUGUGAGUAACCCCUGCAACGAGGGGGCAGUGUGCGACACCAACCCCCUCAACGGCCGCGCCAUUUGUACCUGUCCCGCCGGCUUUGUAGGAGGUGCAUGCAACCAGGACAUGGAUGAGUGUUCGAUUGGUGCCAACCCAUGUGAGCAUUUUGGAAAAUGUGUAAACACAGAGGGCUCCUUCCAGUGUCAGUGUGGCCGAGGAUAUGCCGGUCCACGGUGUGAGAUUGACAUCAAUGAAUGCCUCUCCAUGCCCUGCCAGAAUGAUGCCACUUGCCUGGACCGCAUUGGAGAGUUCACCUGCAUCUGCAUGCCAGGUUACAUGGGAACGUACUGUGAGGUAGACGUUGACGACUGUGAGAGCAACCCAUGUGUGAAUGAUGGUAUCUGUCGGGACAUGGUCAAUGGCUUCACAUGCACCUGCCAGCCAGGGUUUACUGGCACCAUGUGUCAGAUCGACAUCGAUGAGUGCGCCAGCACGCCAUGCCAGAAUGGGGCAAAAUGCUACGACAGACCAAAUGGGUUCGAGUGCCGCUGUUCUGAAGGUUAUGAGGGGACACUCUGUGACAGUAACAUCAACAACUGUCAGCCCGACCCAUGCCACCAUGGUACUUGCAUUGAUGGUAUUGCCAGCUACAGCUGUAACUGUGAUGCUGGCUACACAGGCUAUCGCUGUGAGAACCAGCUCAAUGAGUGCCACAGCAACCCUUGUCAGAAUGGGGGAAAGUGUGUGGAUCUAGUCAACAAGUACAUCUGCCAGUGUCAACAUGGGACAUCAGGCACAAACUGUGAAAUAAACUUUGAUGAUUGCUCCAGUAACCCAUGUGACUAUGGUAUUUGCAAAGAUGGCAUCAACCGAUAUGACUGUGUUUGCAAACCUGGCUUCACUGGUUCCAAGUGUAAUAUGGAGAUAGAUGAGUGCUCAUCCAGCCCCUGUAGAAAUGGGGGGACAUGUGUGGAUGAAGAGAAUGGAUUUCACUGCCAGUGUCCAGAGGGCUUUAAGCCUCCAUACUGUUACUCCCAGGUGGACGAGUGUGGCAGCAGCCCAUGUGUCCAUGGCUCAUGCAGGGAUGACAUUAAUGGGUACCGCUGUGACUGUGAGCCUGGAUGGGUCGGGAAGAACUGUGAUCUAGACAGGAACGACUGUUUGCCGAGUCCCUGCCAGAAUGCUGGCACAUGCAUCGACCAGCUCAAUGGCUUCACCUGCAAGUGUCGCCAAGGCUUCAGAGGUAACCUAUGCCAGAUGAACAUCAACGAAUGUGCUUCCAGUCCCUGUCUGAACAAGGGCACUUGUGUGGACGGUGUAGCAAGCUUCACCUGUCUGUGUGAGCUUCCUUACAAUGGACCCACUUGUGCUGAGGUCCUCACCCCUUGCUCCCCUAACCCCUGUGCCAAUCAUGCCCUCUGCACACACACACCAGAUUACUUGGGCUAUCAAUGCAACUGUCAGACAGGUUGGCAAGGUCAAUUGUGUAAUGUGGAUGUAAAUGAAUGCAUCUCCAACCCCUGCAAGAAUCGUGGGACCUGCACUAACACACUUGGAGGCUUUGUGUGCUCCUGCAGAGCUGGAUUUACUGGGCUAACAUGUGAAACAGACGUCAACGACUGUACUCCUAAUCCAUGCCUAAGUGGAGGUUCCUGCACAGACGCUGUGAACUCCUUCCACUGUAGCUGCUUGGCAGGCUUCACUGGGCCCCGCUGUGCUUUAGAGAUCAAUGAAUGCCAGAGUUCGCCGUGCAAAAAUGGAGGCACAUGCACAGACUAUGUUAACUCCUACACCUGCACCUGCAAGCCGGGCUUUACUGGCAACCACUGCGAAACCAACAUCCCUGAUUGCACUGAAAGCUCUUGUUUCAAUGGAGGUUCUUGCACAGAUAAGAUCAACGGCUAUUCCUGUAACUGCCGCUCAGGCUUCACUGGCUCCCACUGCCAAUACGAGGUCAACGAGUGUGACUCCCAGCCCUGCCUCAAUGCAGGCAUCUGUCAAGAUGCCCUAGAGUCCUUCCGCUGCUCCUGCCCCAAGGGCUAUACUGGCUCCCGCUGCCAGACACCUGUCGAUUGGUGCAGACGCCCAUCUACCUGCGAAAAUGGAGGACGCUGUCGCCAAAAGGAUGCUUCCUUCACCUGUGAAUGUACUAACGGCUGGUCUGGACGUGACUGUGACAUCUCCAGGGUCUCUUGUGAGACAGCCGCACGCAAAAGAGGGCUCCAGACAGAUGAGCUGUGCCUCCAUGGUGGUCACUGUGUCAACACUGGGAAUUCCCACUAUUGUAAAUGCCCCACUGACUACACAGGAAGCUAUUGUAAAACCCAGGUAGACCACUGUGAAGACAAACCCUGCCGCAAUGGCGCCACCUGCAGGGGAUAUGUGGGAGGGUACCAGUGUGAUUGUAUGCCAGGAUUUACUGGACAGAACUGCGAGAUAGAGAUCAAUGAGUGCCAAUCUCAUCCUUGCCAGAAUGGAGGCACUUGCAUUGAUCUGGUGGGACAUUAUAUCUGCUCCUGUCCGCCUGGCACACUUGGUGUUCUCUGUGAGAUAAAUGAAGAUGACUGUGCUCUACCUCUGAGGCUGCGCAGUGCUCCUCCUAAAUGCCUUAACAAUGGCACCUGUGUGGACAGAGUGGGUGGAUACCGCUGCAACUGUCCCCCUGGAUUUAAAGGAGAAAGAUGUGAGGGAGACAUAAACGAGUGUCUCUCCAACCCCUGCAGUCCCCCCAACAGUCUUGACUGCAUCCAGUUGCCAAAUGACUACCAAUGUGUCUGCAAACCUGGCUUCACUGGCCGAAAGUGUCAGAACAGUUUCAGUGUGUGUGAGUCUCAACCUUGUCAGAGUGGAGGAGUGUGUUCUGUAUCCAGCAGCUCUGCAAUGGGAUACACCUGCACAUGUCAGCUUGGUUAUGCUGGGCUUAAUUGUGAAAGAAGCAUGUCCUGUCGGGAGCUGCCCUGCUACCAUGGUGGUAGCUGUGCACUCACCCAAAGGGGGGCGCGUUGCACCUGCCAUCCAGGUUAUGGUGGACCCCAGUGCCAGCAUCGCAGCAAUGAAGGCUGUUCCUCCAAGCCCUGCCGGAAUGGAGGGUUGUGCACUGAAGAAACAAGCUUCCCGUACUUUCACUGCCAGUGUCCCAGUGGCUGGACAGGGAAACGGUGUGAGGACAUCAUGCCCAACAAGCCUCAAGUACCCAUAUGCCCUCUAGCAGACUGUCGUAGCAAAGCCAAAGAUGAUGUUUGCGACAAGGAAUGUAACACUUUCUUUUGUGACUGGGACGGCGGGGACUGUUCUCUUACAUCAAAAAACCCCUGGGCUCAAUGUUCACAAUGUUGGAGUGUCUUUAACAACAGCCAGUGUGAUGAGUCCUGCAACAACGCUGAUUGUCUGUAUGACAACUUUGACUGCAUGAACAAGGAGAAAGUUUGCAAUCCAGUGUAUGAAGCCUACUGUAUAGACCACUACGCUAAUGGAGAGUGUGACCCCGGCUGUAACUCAGUGGAGUGUGGCUGGGAUGGUUUGGACUGUGCAAAGAAGGUUCCAGAAGUCCUUGCUGAUGGUGUCUUGGUUUUGGUAGUCCUACUUCCCCCCGAGGAGCUUCAACGCACCAGCACAGCUUUUCUGCAGAAAUUAAGUGCUAUCCUACACACCUCACUGCGCUUCCAGCUGGACGGGAAUGGAGAUGCCAAGAUCCACCCAUACACUCGCGGGGCACGCCUCAAGCGGGAGCUGCAGCCUAAACAGGAGGUCAUCGGAUCCAUAGUGUACUUGGAAAUAGACAACCGUCUGUGCGCCGCUCAGAGCUCUGAGGGCUGUUUCCCAACAGCUGAAAGAGCUGCAGACUACCUGGGAGCUCUGUCAGCUGUAGAAAUGCUUCGCUUCCCAUACCCAAUCAAAGAAGCCGUUGGUGUUGAAAGGGAUCCCCAUCCUGACCCAAUACCUCAAUGGGCCAAGCUGAUGCUGGUCGGGUUAGCUUCCCUUUUCCUUAUGGUCAUCCUGGUGCUAGGAAUGUUGAUUGCUCGUAGAAAGAGAGAACACAGUACCCUUUGGUUCCCUGAGGGCUUCUUCUUAAAGAAGGAACCCAGCAGCAACAAAAACCGCAGGGAACCUGUGGGUCAGGAUGCUCUUGGAAUGAAACACAUGGCAAAAACUGCGGAAGAAUCUCUCCUUGGUGAUCACAGUGACCAGUGGAUGGACACAGACUGUCCAGAGGCAAAAAGGCUUAAGGUUGAGGAGCCAAGUAUGCUCUCAGACAGUGAAGAUGCAGUGGACUGCAGGCAGUGGACACAGCAUCACCUCGCAGCUGCAGAUAUCCGUGUGCCUCCCACUAUGGCCCUCACCCCACCCCAAGGAGAAUUUGAAAGUGACUGCAUGGAUGUUAAUGUCCGAGGCCCAGAUGGUUUUACACCUCUGAUGCUGGCAUCAUUCUGUGGAGGCGGCUUAGAGCCUGAGGUGACAGAGGAGGAGGAGAGUGAGGAGUGUUCUGCCAACAUCAUCUCUGACCUAAUCUACCAGGGAGCUUCCCUAGCUGCCCAAACAGACCGAACUGGGGAGACAGCGCUCCACCUGGCUGCUCGCUACGCCCGUGCUGAUGCUGCUAAGAGGCUGCUGGAUGCUGGUGCAGAUGCUAAUGCUCAGGAUAACACCGGUCGCUCACCUCUACAUGCUGCAGUGGCCGCAGAUGCACAGGGGGUCUUCCAGAUUCUGAUCCGAAAUCGGGCUACAGAUCUUGACUCCCGUAUGUACGAUGGCUCCACUGCGCUGAUCCUGGCAGCACGACUGGCAGUAGAGGGCAUGGUAGAAGAACUCAUCACUUGUCAUGCUGAUGUCAAUGCAGUAGAUGAAUUGGGUAAAUCCGCCUUGCACUGGGCUGCAGCCGUUAACAAUGUGGAGGCGACUGUUGCCCUGCUGAAGAACAGUGCAAACAAGGACAUGCAGGAUCUCAAGGAGGAGACCCCACUGUUCCUUGCAGCUCGUGAGGGCAGCUGUGAGGCUGUGAAGGUGCUGCUGGCUCACUUUGCAAACAGAGAGAUCACAGACCAUAUGGACAGGUUGCCACGGGACAUUGCUCAGGAGCGUAUGCACCACGAUAUUGUGCAGCUUCUUGAUGAGUACAACACAGUAAGAAGCCCCCAGGGCCAUGGAGGGAUUGGACACCACCUCUCUGGGGUACACUCUCUGUCUCCUCUCAUGUGCCCUCCGGGCGCCUACAUGCCUAGUCUGAAGAACACCCCACAGGGCAAGAAGAACCGCAGGCCUUGUGCUAAGGGUUCUAGCCUGGGAGGCCAACAUGCUGCCAGCCUGAAGGAGUCAGUCAAGGCCCGUAAUAAGAAGCUGACCUUGGACAUGCAGAGUGCCUUACUGGAGAGCUCUGUUACCCUUUCCCCGGUCGAUUCACUGGACUCACCCCACGGGGGGGCUAGCAAUGCUGGCUACAUGACCAACCCCACUUCCCCUGUGGCCAUGCAGUCACCAGGGCUCUACCACACAUCUAUGUCUGUCCCAAACACCCCCAUGAUACAUAGUAGCAUGUUGGAUGGUAGUGGCCCCUUUGCAGUGUCUCUAGCCCAACUCAAUGACCUAGGAUCUGGAGGAAUGUCCUUGCAGGGACGUGUCUCCAUGGCUUCAGAUGUCAACCAUGGCUAUGUGAUGAGUUCAGGCCAGAUGGGGCUCAACAUGGGCUUGGUCAGUCCUGUGAGUGUGCCCUUUGACUGGCACAGCCGGAUGUCUUCCUCUCAGUGUGGUCAGCAGGUUUUGAAUCUUGUGCAGAGUGGCCAGGCAGGCAUGCACCCCCAGAGCCCAGCCAUGCAGCAGCAGACCAUGCUGAUGCACCAGCAGCUCUACCGUAACGCCAUGCUGCAGCCCACACCUGUUACUUCAACACCCACCAUCAGCCCAGUCAAGCUGCCUUCCAUUGCUGAGCAGCAGCAGCAGCAGCAACAGCAGCAGCAGCAGCUCCUCAACCACACCAUCGCCAACCAGCAGAACAUGGCCCGCAUUGGCACCUCUUCCCCACCGACUCCUCAGACCUCCCAGCCGCCACCAUCCUUCUUCCAGCAGCAGCAGAUGCCCCAGCAACCCUCUCAGCCCCAGCUUCCAGCUCAGCCCCCCCAGGCAGCCCCUCCAGCAGCCCAGCCCUCUCAGGCUCUGCCCUCCCAGCAUAGUGGCAGCACUGCAGGAACGGAGGAUUACCCUACACCUCCCUCUCAGCACAGCUACUCAUCUGCACUAGAUGCCACGCCCAAGCAUUACCUCCAUUUGCCCAGUGAGCACCCCUACCUGACCCCCUCCCCAGAGUCUCCAGAGCCCUGGUCCAGCCCCUCUCCUCACUGCGUCUCUGAUUGGUCAGAUUCUACACCAAGCCCAGCAGUAGCUGGUCCUGCCCAGACCCACAUUUCUCAAAUCCCAGAGGCAAAUGGCAAGAUGCAGGUGUUUGCGUAAAGAUCUCAUGGCCCCUGCUUGAAAAGGGACCUGAGGUAAAAUAAUGUGUGGACUGGCUCUCGGGCCUGUCUGUUUAUAUGUGUCAGCCUGUUUCCAAGAUUUUCAUUGGAUUUGGAUUGACUAUGCUUAUCACAAGGAGCGUCUGCUAGUGAUUUUUGCAGAGAAAAAAGUAAAGGGAAAUGUGUGUUGUCUGAAAAAACAGCAGACAAUUUAAUGAAGUAAUUCUGUCACAGAUGGACUUGUUUUUUAUUAUAAAAAAGUAUAUGAAGAAAACCAAGUCUUUCAUUUCAAAGGCUUAGGUGUGCUCUCCUGGAAACUAACAAACGUUUAAAAAGUAGAUAUGAGAAAAAAGUAAAAUGUUGAAGGGAAUUCAUUUAUUUUUAUUUAUUGUUUUUAUCUCUGAAUUGCUUUUUUUUUAAAGGUGUAUUUCUGUUCUAGCUUCUCAAAUAAUGUACCCACACCCCCCCCCUCCCCCCACUAUUUUAUACUGAAUGCCUACAUUUCUAUUAAGCCAACGUGGCAAGUGAUGGUAAAGGAAUAUAAUUCAUGUUUCAGACAAGUUAACAGACAGAAAGAGGAACUUUCACCUCUAUUGACUGAUAUUUAUUUAGGCCAACGACACCUGGUAAAGAUGAGAAACUGGUUCUUGCAGAUAUAUAUUAAGAGUUUCUCAGCAGUAGUGAUAUAUUCUGAUUUGAUUGAAUUGUGGAUAUUGAUUUCUUUCCAUAAGAGUAUUAUGAAUAAGAAUGUAGAUGAGUGUCUUUGAAGCACUUCAAGUGACCAGCCUCAAAGGGCGAGUGUGGGUCAAAUACAACAUAUAACUGCAAUGGAUAUUUAUAAUAUAUGGGUGGCAUUUAAUACAUGGUAAUUGUUGCUAUGAACUUUCAAAAGUAAUUUGUAAGAGUACAGGUUGAGGUGUAAUCUGUUGUUUCCCACUGCUUCUAUGGGACUCUUACCUCCAAUGUUACUGUCACCUGUAUUGCUUUGCCUUUAAAAUCAGCCUCUCACUGCCCUUUAGUUUGUGUUCUUUUUUUUGUUUGUUACGGUCGAUUUAUACUCUGUUUGUUUGUGAAAACCAUGGAUACCUUUUCUCAAUAUCACUUCGGAUGUACUAAGCUAUGCUUAUCAGCUGCUAUUUUAUAUCACUCUUCCCUGCAAGCAUUCCUCCAUUCUGCUUGUCUUGUUAAGUGUGUACGAUGUGCCUUUCAGCAGCAUCAUCCAACACAGUAGAAACAGACGACAGACAGGCAGAAGUCCACAUAGUGUCCUUUACUGGACUAAAUGGAAACAUUCCUGGAUUAUCUGCAGCAGUGUAGGUCUUGUUGAAACUCUUGCCUGGUCUCUGGUAGUGUCUGUGGUGGAGUAGUGGUCAGUGUGAGGGUGUAACUGCUGGGCUGCGCCUGCUGACGCCCUGUCACUCCUCAGGGAGGUGUUUUAUGGCAUGCAAUGGAACGGUUCCCUUGCAUCUACAGUAGCUCCCAGUCCAGGGGCAGUGGAGAUGCAUCUUAAGAUGAUUGUUAGAAGAGACUGAAGGAAAGAACACUACUAUGUAGUGCUGCCCCCUUAAACCUUUUACACAAAUCUGAGAUGACACUCCCAGUCAUCCAGCUGACACCUUGUAUUAUGUCUGACCGACGCUUUACCCCCACAUGACCUGAGAUUUAUGGAUAGAGUUAAUCCUCUCCCUAACGUAGUAUGGACAUUUCAACAUAAAGUCAAUUGAUAAUUGUAGCAUUUUGAAAAGUAACCAUUGCAUUUUCACCUUAUGAUGUCAUAAACAGAAAUUAGUAGGCCAUCAUUCCUAGCUACUACCGUUGUGGUGGCCUAACACUGCCCCUAGUUGUGUCAUAGAGUUUAUCUUUCAUUCAUUGUUUUAUCCUGUUCACCAUAGCCUCAGUUACUGUUUUGUCAGACCUGGGAAACAUGUUGUUGUCCCUAUGAACAGUUCACAUUUUACUAACAAGAAACUGUUUUGUUUGUUUUUUAUUUUUAUAUAUAACUGGUCUUUCAAUUUCUCUACCAGGUCGCACUAAGUGUUUUGUACAUUUCAACCUCCCAACUUCUGUUUGUAAAUAUGUUUUUUUCUGGGUAGUUCUUAUGUUUCUGAAAGGAUUGUUAUGUACUAAAAAGGACAAAAAUAAAAUGUACUUCAUUUAGCAUUAUUUGAAACUGAGGCUGUGACUGAUAUUUUAUUGUCUUGUGUUAUUAGUCAUAGAUAUUUUAUUAUCAUUAUUAAUUUCUAUACUUGUUUAAAAAGGUAGUUUGAAAUACUAAAAGCUAAAAGCUUUCCACUGUGUUCUUUCUACAGUCAAAAGUUGUAAAGUUACUUACAAUAAAACUAUAGGGAACUACA